AGCCGCCAUCUUGUCGUGGCUCGGAAUUAGGAUUUCGGUCCAACACUGGGUUUUACGUAGAAAUCGAGCAUCCUUCCCGUGGUAUGACAGCGGCCUUCUGCCGAAAACGAAAUCGUAAUAUCGCUUCGGAGACAUUUUGUGCGAAAAAACGGGAAUUGGAUUGGUGGUCGUCGGGCAGAAAAGCUCCGUAUAUCUGAUUUCCCCUUCAGAGUGCGGUGAUUCAGCCCCUGUCGCCGUUCGGGAGCAGUAUUGUUUACCGUGGGCAAGCGGAGAGCAGAUCGUGACUUUCGAAGAGAUUUGCAAAAAUACGGCAUUUUUAUGCAAUUGUGCAUUUUUGUGGAGCUUCGCGCGAUUUUUGCAUGAAGAAAUUUGACGUCACGCAAAAUGGGUACUUUGAACAUCUAGAAAUUACGACUUUUCUCCCGGAAUGCAGCAAUCCACCUGAUUUAACUGGAUCGUCAGUGUGAGGCUCGAUUUUUACAUGGGGAAUAUUUUAUUUUGGGGGUAUUUAACAAUAAUAAUGUGGGUGUUGGGUGUUGGAUUAUCAUGGGGUGAAUGGCGGUGGCGAAGCGGGGCGCUAUUGCAUCUCUUUUAAAAGACACCGACUCUCACGGCGAGGAGUAGCUAAACGCUAACAGUUACUUUAGCUGGUAGCAGGCAAUUAGCUAGCUAUUAGCCAGUUAGCCAACGUUAGCAGGCUGCCAGCUUGCUAACGUGCUAACCGGGAAGGUUUUUGGUGAUUGAACAACUUUCUACUUAUAAGCUAAUCAGAAUCAUCAACUUGAGCGACCGGCCAGGCAAGAUUUCAACUAUGGCUGAAAACCUGCUGGAUGCCGGACCUCCACUCUCUAAGCGGCCGAAGCUGAAUUCACCUGCCCUGUCAACGUCUGAUGGACAAGAUCUUGGGUCACUCUCCUGGGACGAUUUAGAGAAUGACCUUCCAGAUGAGUUGAUCCCCAAUGGAGGUGAUAUUAGCCUGAUGGGCGGGAUGCCUUCAAAUGGUGGAGCAGCACCUGGAGCUGGCGGACCAGGAGGCACCCAAUCAGGACUUGGCGGCGGCAGUGCCUCUGUCGUCCCAGAUGCAGCAGCCAAGCACAAGCAGCUCUCAGAGCUCCUUCGGGCUGGUAGCACUUCUAAUUUAGGCACAGCUAGCCCUCAGCCAGGCAGCAUGGGGCCACAGUUAGGAGCACCGCUGGGUAAGAGCCCUCUUGGCCAGGGCUCCCCCAACAACCACCCGUCCCCUCAGGCCCAAAAAGCGGGAACCCCAACUGGAGUAGCAGGACAGAACAACAACAAUAAUACUGCAACUAUGGGCUUGAACACAACUGGGUUCAGUCAGGCAAUGAUUAACAACAACCAGGGCCAUACUGGACUCCUGAACCAGGGAGGACAACCGCAGCCUGGGCAGGUUAUGAAUGGUGGCCUCGUACCUGGAGCUGGGAGAGGACGUGGGGCAGGGGUAACAGGCAUGCAGUACCAGGGACAGACAAUGCAGGGAACUGCAACAGGACAAGGAGGAUCAGGUAGUGCACUGGCAGAGACGCUCACACAGGGAGGGCAACAGAUGGGAGCUCACACUACCCUCAGUACUGCUCAGCAAGCAGGCAACAUGAACAAGAUGGGCCUGGGUAGUAAUGGUCCGUUCGGGGCGCAGUCCUAUGGUCAGGGAGCUACAGGACCUGGCCAGCAGCUAAACCCUCAGCAGCAGCUCCAGAACAAGUCUGCCCUUGCCAACAGCCUGCCACCCUUCCCUAAUGAGCUCAAAGGAGCUGCUGUUACUAGCGUGCCAAACAUGCAGCUCCAGCAGCAGCCGCCUCAGCAGCAGGCAGCGAUGCUCCCGCUGGCCGGCGGCGGAGGUGUGGCAGUGCCUUCGGCAGGCCCCACAGCCGACCCUGAGAAGCGCAAGCUGAUCCAGCAGCAGCUGGUCCUGCUGCUCCACGCACACAAGUGCCAGCGACGAGAACAGGCUAAUGGGGAAGUGAGGGCCUGCGCCCUGCCUCACUGCCGCACUAUGAAGAACGUCCUUAAUCACAUGACGCACUGCCAGGCUGGCAAAUCCUGCCAGGUGGCUCACUGUGCGUCGUCCAGACAGAUCAUCUCCCACUGGAAAAAUUGCACUCGACACGACUGUCCCGUCUGCCUGCCGCUGAAGAAUGCCAGCGACAAGCGCACCCAACAGCCCAUGCUAAGCUCCCCGAAUACGGGCCUCCAGAACUCCAUGUCCUCUGUAGGCGUGGGCCAGCCUAGUACUCCCACCAUUAGUACCUCAGCCCCCAUAGACCCCAGCUCAAUGCAGAGAGCUUAUGCGGCACUUGGGCUGCCCUACAGCAGUCAGGCCACUGGACAGGCUCCAACCCAGCAGGCUCCAGGCGCAGGACAGACAGCAGGUGCACCAAACACCCAGGCUCAACAACAACUUCCACAGCAGAUGAGACCCAUCAGUGCACUUGGUAACCAGAUGGCUCUUGGAAAUGCAGCAAUGGGUGUGCCCACUUCAGAACAGACAAACCUGCACACAGACUCCCUUCCCAAUACACUCAACACUAACAAUCAGCUGCUGUCAGACGGGUCAGCUGUGGGCUCAAUGAGCAGCCUACCCACAGCAGCACCUGUCUCUGCCACAGGCUCCAGGAAAGCCUGGCAUGAGCACGUCACUCAGGACUUGCGCAAUCACCUCGUACACAAACUAGUACAAGCCAUAUUCCCUACCCCUGAUCCGGCAGCUUUGAAGGACAGACGAAUGGAGAACUUAGUGGCCUACGCCAGAAAGGUGGAAGGUGAUAUGUAUGAGUCGGCUAACAGCCGGGACGAGUACUAUCACUUCUUGGCUGAGAAAAUAUACAAAAUCCAAAAGGAGUUGGAGGAGAAGAGGCGUUCAAGGCUUCAGAAACAGAUCAUCAACCAGGCACCUAUGGCUGCCCAGGGAACCCAGCAACCAGUCCUAGCCCAGCCCAAUGCCUUGGGCCCACGCCCACAGAAUGGACCUGUUCCUCUUCCCAACAUGCCAAAUCAGAUCAUGAGUCGCAUGCAGGUUUCACAAGGAAUCAACCAGUUCAACCACAUGACUUUACCCAAUCCCCAGAUGUCUCAAGCACCAAUGGGAGCCCGAGCUGCCUCACCCAUGAAUCACCCCCAACAGAUGAACAUAAACUCAGUCCCAGCGAUGGGAAUGUCUCCCUCUAGGAUGCCCCAGGCCCAGGCCAUGAUCGCUGGACACAGCGGAGGAAACAUGGUGGGUCAGACUGCCAACCAGGGUCAGUUUUUGCCUCAGAACCAGUUUCCUCCAGGAUCUGCUCCAGUUGCUGCAACGGGUGCGAUGAAUGUCACAGUGGUGCCAGGCAUGAGUCAGCCACAGGCACAGGCUGCUGUCACUCAGCAGCAGCAACAGCAGCAGAGUGCUAACCUCCCCAUGAAUGCACUUGGCCCCUCGCUGGGCCCACAGCUAGCCUCCUCCCAAACCCCCUUGCACUCCACGCCUCCGCCUGCUGCCUCCUCUGCCUCUACGGCUGGGGGGGCCACUAACCUGCCGCUCCCCCAGCCCUCCAGCCGCAGCUCUACCCCCACCCUCCCUGGCCCUGCCCCAGCCCCAGCCCAGGGUGCCACCCCGCCCUGCCCCACCCAGUCCCAACCCCAGACGGAGCUCCCUGCAGCAGCACAGACGCAGCCCCCACCUCAGCCCCCUACCACGCCGCUGUCUCAGCCAGGAGCCAGUCUGGAUAAUCGGGUGCCCACACCAGCCUCAGCCGCCAGCGCCGACCUACACUCGCAGCAUGUUGGAGCAGACCUGCCUACCCAAGAGGUCAAAACUGAGACGCACCAUGAUCAACAGGAAUUUGAGGCCAGUGGUGGCAAAACUGAGCCCAAGAUGGAGACUGAAGAUGAGUCUGCUUCAAUGUUGGUCAAGAAGGAAGAGCCAGAGGAAAAGCCGGAGCCCAUGGAGGUGGAGGAGAAGAAGCCGGAAAUUAAGACGGAACCCAAAGAAGAGGAAGAGGGUGGAGUUAACAGCACAACCACCUCAUCCCCAUCUCAGUCACGGCGGAAAAUUUUUAAACCCGAGGAGUUGCGCCAGGCUCUGAUGCCAACUCUGGAGAGUCUGUACAGGCAGGACCCCGAGUCCCUGCCCUUUAGACAACCAGUAGACCCAAUGCUCUUGGGUAUCCCGGAUUACUUUGACAUUGUGAAGAACCCAAUAGACUUGUCCACAAUAAAGCGCAAACUUGACACGGGCCAGUACCAGGAGCCCUGGCAAUAUGUGGAUGAUGUCUGGCUGAUGUUCAACAAUGCCUGGCUCUACAACCGCAAAACAUCCCGUGUCUACAAGUACUGCUCUAAGCUGGCUGAGGUGUUUGAGUCAGAGAUUGACCCCGUCAUGCAGGGCCUGGGCUACUGCUGUGGGAGAAAGUACGAGUUCUCCCCUCAAACCCUCUGUUGUUAUGGCAAGCAGCUCUGCACCAUACCUACUGGAGGCACAUACUACAGUUACCAGAACAGGUAUCAUUUCUGUGAAAAAUGUUUCAAUGAGAUCCAGGGGGAUAGUGUGACGUUAGGAGAUGAUCCUGCACAACCACAGACGAGGAUAUCGAAAGACCAGUUUGAGCGGAAGAAGAACGAUGUUCUCGACCCUGAACCGUUUGUUGAAUGUAAAGAUUGUGGACGGAAGAUGCACCAAAUAUGCGUCUUACACUACGAGGUCAUUUGGCCAUCUGGAUUUAUCUGUGACAACUGUUUGAAGAAAAGUGGAAAAACACGAAAGGAAAACAAGUUCUCAGCAAGAAGGCUGCAAGCAACACGACUGGGAACGUACAUAGAGGACCGUGUGAAUAAAUACUUGAAGCGACAAAACCACCCAGAGGCUGGGGAAGUGUUUGUACGAGUGGUGGCAAGCUCUGAUAAAACGGUGGAGAUUAAACCAGGCAUGAAAGCUAGGUUUGUAGAUACAGGUGAAAUGCCCGAGGCCUUUCCUUAUAGAACCAAAGCACUUUUCGCAUUUGAGGAAAUUGAUGGUGUAGAUGUGUGCUUCUUCGGCAUGCACGUACAGGAGUAUGGCUCUGAGUGCCCAUUCCCCAACACUAGACGGGUCUACAUAUCAUACCUUGACAGUAUUCACUUCUUCAGACCUCGGAUUCUACGAACAGCCGUUUACCAUGAGAUCCUUAUUGGCUAUCUAGAAUAUGUCAAGAAACUUGGAUAUGCCCAGGCCCACAUCUGGGCAUGUCCUCCCAGUGAAGGUGACGACUACAUCUUCCACUGCCAUCCUCCUGACCAGAAGAUCCCCAAGCCUAAAAGACUGCAGGAGUGGUACAGGAAGAUGUUGGACAAGGCUUUUGCUGAGAGGAUCCUGCAUGACUACAAGGAUAUCUUCAAACAGGCGACUGAGGACCGACUGACCAGCGCCAAUGAGCUGCCUUACUUUGAAGGUGACUUCUGGCCUAAUGUGCUUGAGGAGAGCAUCAAGGAGCUGGAGCAAGAGGAAGAAGAGAGGAAGAAGGAGGAGAACACAGCUGCCUCUGAAACUCCAGAGGGAACACCAAGUGACAGCAAAAACGCUAAGAAGAAGAACAACAAGAAGACCAAUAAAAACAAGAGCAGCGUGAGCCGAGCCAAUAAGAAGAAGCCUGGGAUGCCGAAUGUAGCUAAUGAUUUGUCUCAGAAGUUGUACGCCACCAUGGAGAAGCAUAAAGAGGUGUUCUUUGUGAUUCACCUUCAUUCUGGGCCCAUGGUCAACACUUUGCCACCCAUUGUGGACCCCGACCCAUUGCUCUCCUGUGACCUGAUGGAUGGCCGUGAUGCCUUCCUGACUCUGGCAAGGGACAAGCACUGGGAGUUCAGCUCCCUCAGGAGGUGCAAGUGGAGCACCAUGUGCAUGCUUGUCGAACUGCACAACCAGGGACAGGAUCGCUUUGUCUACACUUGUAACGAGUGCAAGCACCACGUGGAGACACGCUGGCAUUGCACUGUGUGCGAGGACUUUGAUCUUUGCAUUAAUUGCUACAACACAAAGGGCCACGAGCACCAGAUGGUCAAGUGGGGUCUUGGCCUGGAUGAUGAUAACAACAGCCAGAGUGGGGAGGCCUCCAAGAGCCCACAGGAGAGCAGGCGUUUAAGUAUUCAACGGUGCAUUCAGUCCCUGGUCCACGCUUGUCAGUGUCGCAAUGCCAACUGCUCUCUGCCGUCCUGCCAGAAGAUGAAGCGAGUGGUACAGCACACCAAGGGUUGCAAACGCAAAACCAACGGUGGCUGUCCUGUAUGUAAGCAGCUUAUUGCUUUAUGCUGUUAUCACGCAAAGCACUGUCAGGAGAACAAGUGUCCUGUCCCGUUCUGCCUGAACAUCAAGCACAAGCUUCGCCAGCAGCAGCUGCAGCACAGGCUCCAGCAGGCCCAGUUGAUGAGGAGAAGAAUGGCCACCAUGCAAUGCAGAACCAUGCCGCUACCAUCCCCACCGCCAUCAGCUGCCCCUAGCACUCCCACUCCCACUUCCCACACUCAGCCCAACACUCCCCAAACACCCCAGCAGCCUCUUUCCAACCAGCCGCAGACCCCCAACUCAGCAGGCGUCAUGUCCCCCACAUUCCCCAAUGCAGCUCGCGCUGCUCAAGCUCAGGCACCGGUGUCUCAGGGCAAACCUGGGCCCCAGGCCUCCCCUCUACACCAGCAGCAGUCCCCUCUCCCUCAGCCCCCCCAGCCAUCACAGCAGCUAUCUCAGCAGCCACCUCCCAUCGCUGCAGUCAAGAUGGCACAGCGCAUCGAAAUGAUGGCACAGGCCCAGCAGAGCCAGCGGAACUACCGUGUCAACGUGAAUGGGUUGCCCAUGAAUCCCCAGCAGCCACAACAGCGCAUGACGACACCAAUGCAGCCAGCAAUGCAGAUGGUGCCUGGGCCCCGGGGACCACCAGUCAUGCAACCUGGUAUGGCCACUGGACAAUGGGGUGGAGCUUCAGGCCCCAUCCAGCCAGGUCAAACUCAACAACCAGGUCUUGUUCCAGGCCAGUCCCCACAGCAGGCCAUGACCAUGCAGCGAGCCAUGAUGCCACCAGGGCAGCAACCCCAGCAAAGCCAGAGGAUGCUGAUACCACAGCAGCCCGGUGCCCGGCCACAGACUCCCCAGAGAGCUGGAGCUAUACCUCCAAAUGCUCUGCAGGAUCUCCUCCGCACCCUAAAGUCUCCCAGCUCACCCCAGCAGCAGCAGCAAGUUCUAAACAUCCUCAAAUCAAACCCUCAGCUAAUGGCUGCGUUCAUUAAACAGCGAACAGCCAAGUACCAUGCCAACCAGCCGCAGCAGCAGCAACAGCAGCAACAAGCAGGCCAACAACAGCAGCCUGGCAUGCCAGCAAUGCAGAAUAUGGCUAUGUCUGGAGGGGCAGUGCAAAGGACCGGGAUGCCACCACAGCAACCACAGCAGCCUCAAGUGCAGAGCAUGGCUGCAUUAGGGACUCAAGGGCAGCUGAGCACCGCGCACAAUGCAAACCCCCAGAUCCAGGAGAUUUUCCGCAGGCAACUCUUAUUGCAGCAGCAGCAGCAACAACAGCAGCAGCAGCAGCAGCAACAACAGCAGCAGCAGCAGGGAGUGUUACCACAGGGCCACCCGGGUCAGUUUGCUGCUCAGUCGCAGGGUACAACACCCACCUACUCCCAGCUCCGCAUGCAACAGCAACAGCAACAACAGCAGCAAAUGCAAAUGCAGGCAGGGGCACCUGGGGGGCCCAUGGGUCAGCUCCCACCAAUGGCUCAGAUGGCCCAGUCUGGCAUGGGGAUGGACUCGACCCAAAAUUUACUGCAUCAACGACUGCUUCAGCAGCAGCAGCAGCAACUUCCCCAGCAGCAGGCUGUCCUGAAGCAGCAGAUGGGCUCCCCUGGCCAGCCAAGCCCCAUGAGCCCUCAGACCCACCUCCUGGCUGGGCAGCCUCAAGGCGGAGCCCACCUCCCCGGCCAGCCUGCUUUAGCGAACGCCCUCAGCAACCAGGUCCGCUCCCCAGCACCAGUCCAGUCCCCUUGUCCACCCUCACAACAGCAGCCACCACAUUCCAGUCCUUCGCCGCAGGUCCAGAACCAGCCCCAACCCUCACCUCAGCACCCACCCCCACCCCACUCGGGUUCACCCCACACAGGGCUUGGGGGCCCACUGCAGUCCAUGGAGCAAGGACACUUGGGGACACCAGAACAAAGCGCCAUGCUACCGCAGCUUAAUACGCCCAACAGAGGAGGGCUGAGCAAUGACUUGGGGAUGGUAGGAGAUGCUACAGGGGACACUCUGGAGAAGUUUGUGGAGGGAUUGUAGCAUUUCUGCUGGGAACUAAAGAACAUAUUGUCACUCCCACAGACCUGUCCUCCCACUCCUCUUCCUAGUUUUCCCUCAAACUCUUUAUCCCGUUAGAGGGCUUUGUUUGUUCUUUGUAAGGCUGACAACGGUUUUUGUACUGACAUGUAAAAAGUUUCAAACGUUGCAACAAAACAAGAAAAUUUGGUUGAUUUAAAAUAAAAAAAAAAAAAAAAAAAUUCAAAACCUUUAGGGAAUGUAAUUGUUUCCUAACCCUAAGUGGUAGGUAUUUCUUCCUUGAGAAUGUUGAGGGAUUUGCAAGUUGCUUCUUAAAAUGAAAUUAAAUUCAUAAAGAAUAUAUUUUUUUGGUUGAGACCAAAUGUGUUCAGUACUCAAUUUUUUUUAAAUUUUUUUGUUUUGUUUUUGCUUUGUUGUUUUUUUGGGGGGGUUGUUUGUUUUUGGGUUCAUGCCUUUAUUUUUCUUUCUUUUUUUUUCUUUUUUCUUUUUCUUUUCUUUUUUUUUUUUUUUUACAAAAAUGUAAAGUUGCAUUAUAUUAUUCAUAUCUUUAUUUUGUACCUUUGAGAAUUGUUUUCUUUUUUUUCUUUUUUCUUCUUUGGAAACUGUAAAAUAUUUUGUCUCGGAAUUGGGCCAGGUUUUUGUUAUCUUCACAAGCUGUCAUUCCUGGCAAUUGUAAUCUAGUGUUGUACUAUUACUGCAAGAAGAUGCGUUCAGGGACAGUGACCGCUCCCAUUCUUUUUGUGUGUAUGAAGAGCACUCAUUUGUAUUAAAGUAGGAAAUGGCCUGCAGCAGUUUGUGUAAACAGGCAUGUAUGCAGGAACACAUGAAGACACUGACACAAACCCUCACAGUCACUAAAGCCGCGUUUCCACCACAGGAACUUUUACCAGGGACUAGGGACCAUACUUUCAGUUACGUUUGGGGUAAUUAUUUAACCCCCACCAAAAAAAAAAGUCCCUGGGUUUGAAGCGCUGAACAUUUCUGAUUGGAGUACCCGUCUUUACCACCAACUCCAGGGUGUGAAAGCAGUCAUCUCUUUUUGAUAUGUCAGCGGAUUUUUUUUUUUUUUUUUUUUUUUUUUUUUUUUUUCGUUUUGCUUAAUGUUCACGGGCCUUUAAACUUUUUUAUUUCCUUGGAAACAAAAAUUUCUGUGACUACGACUUCCGGGUACUUUUGGGUGGAUACGCGGCUUAAGAGAAAUACAGCUGAUUGGUUCACCAAUAAGGACUGCAGCCUACAACUCAGUGGCCUGGAAUUUGGAAACGUUGUCUUGCAGGUGUAGAAAGUUGUUGCUUUGACAUUAAAAAGAAUUUGUCAUACUUUUUUGUCAUACAAAUGUUGUAAAGUGUAAAGAGAGUGCGAGAAAGAGACCAGCCCCCUAAGCUGAGGUGGAAUGAUCAGUGGUUGUUUGUAGGCAAUGUCUCGGAUGACGCCCAGUUCUCCAAAUUUUACACUAAGUUGUGUGCUAUCAGGGGAUGAAGGGCACAUUUGAGAUUCACCUGGAGGAGAACUAAAUGUCAUCAACCCUCAUUCCUCUCACAAAAAAAAAACUUGAAUUGGGGGGAUUUACUUUUUCUCCUAUUGUAAAUCAAGUUAUUAAACAAAAUACUAUAGAUAUAAGGAAGAGCGAAUGAAAUCACUGUAUAAACUGGUAAAAGACUCAUUUCUUACUUAUAUACCAUAUUGUUAAAUAAACUGUGUGCAACAGAAGAACUCCAGUACUCUGUUGACUAAAUAAUGAGGCAUCACUU